AUGGAGGAAUCGGACUUCGAGUUCGAGAAUGAUACCGACAGUAUGUUCGAUGCGUUCGAUCUGCCACAGUACAACCUAAGUGGCUUGAGAAUCUUCCUCGGAUUCCGCCGCGAGUCUUCCAUUGAGGUUGGCAACAGACAGGAAUGGAUCACUUUUGACAAGGAAAGCGAUGGCAGCGGGGACGAUGAUAGUGAAGAAGAUGGAAGCGAAGACGAUGAGAACGAAGUCAGUGGCAGCGAAGAUGACGGUUUUGCACUCCCCGAAGGCUUCGUUGACAGACGUGACCCCGUUGCCCAGCCAAUGGGGCAAGCCAUCGACCUGGCGCUUCGUCUGUUGGAGACACAGAAGUCGAUUGAUAUCAUGGCUGGUGUUGCCAAGCGGCUGGUCGACGAUUCCCCUGAGGACAUUCAACACAUCACGCCUCAGAGCACACUGAGACAGUGCAAGACUUUGGUCAGGCACUGGAUCGCGAAGCUUCGUCAGCAGGAGUUUUUCAAGAUUCAAGCGAUCAUCAUGGAUGACGGUAGCAAAGUGGGGUCCCGGUUGCGUUGCUGGCACAGGCGUGUACAUCCCGCGGACGCCCUCACGUUGCCCGACUACCAUCCACACAAUGCCGGGCUGCUGGAAAUUGACAUCGAGAUUCUCAGAAAGCUCACCUAUCACGCCUCAUCCAGCCAUGCCGAUUCCUCCAUCGAACUACAGAAAUGUCUCUUUCAUGUAGCCAGCUUGCUUGUCCACGAGGUCCAGCGUUUCUGGGUUGCGUUUCUGAUGUCGGAUAUGGCCGGAGGCGGUACGCAGGAGCCGGUUGCAAUAUACUCCGAUGCUACCAUACACUUAGUGCACUACUUUGCAGAACCCAGCGCCGGCUAUCACUGGGAGCUGGAGUUCUUCGGCGGGAGUGUGCGAUGGCUUUACAACCAGAGCAGCCCGCAUGCCGAUUUCGACGAGACUGGUGGCUUCGGCCGGGAUCUUUCGAGUGGUGACGCCUAUCUCCAGCGAGCAGAUGGGACCGAGCAGCAAAUCGCGAUGGACAGCAUCAUCGGAUGCGUAGAACACGAUUUCUCAGAGGUCUUGCAGGGUGGACUGGGGACAUGCGGGAAGAGAGUUCCUUCGCGCGGCUUCCCGUCCCUCGACUAUGACUCCUAG